UGGUCAUUUUGGCAGUUGAUUGCGUCCGCUGAACCGGAGGCUCCGCGUCUGUGGCUCGGGCCCAGGUAACUGGAGCUGGAAAGGGCGAGAGGAGGUGUUGCCCCCACUGCAGAGGAGCGCGGCUGAGGUUCGGUCUGAGCGUCACCUGGGCGAUCUGCCCCGGACGCUCCUCCCGGAUCUCCGACCUCGUUCCGCGCGCCUCCGGGUCGCGAUCCGCCCACGGGCUGCUAUGGCGGCGGCCGAGCUGAUGAAGCCCCCACAGGGCCAUGUGACCUUUGAGGAGAUUGUGGUGUACUUCUCCCAGGAGGAGUGGCAGCUCCUUGAUGAAGCUCAGAGGUGCCUAUAUCACGACGUAAUGCUGGAGAACUUUGCACUUUUGGCCUCAGUGGGUUGUUGGCAUGGAGUAGAGGCUGAGGAGGCCCCCCCUGAGCAGACUGCUUCCACAGAAGGAGUGUCACAGGCCAGUUCUCCAAAGCUAGGUCCUUCCAUCUCAAAUGCUCAUCGCUGUGAGAUGUGUAUUCUGGUCAUGAAAGAUAUAUUUUACCUGGCUGAGCACCAGGGAGCACUUCCUGAGCAGAAACUGUACACUUGUGUGGCAUGUGGGAAACACUUUUCAUUCAAUUCAAACUUACAACAGAACCAGAACCAGCACAGUGGAGAUAAACAUGUCAGAAUGGAGGACAACAGGACCUUGCUUGUUAAUAGCUGCAAAAUCCCUGUGUCAGGCAACCUUUUUGCAAGCAAAGACAUUGAGAAGGAUUCCCUAGUCACCCUGGGCCUUCUACAGCACCAGAAUACCCACGGUGGAGAGUAUCCACAUAGAAGCAGGGAGACCUUUCACACCCAGCAAAGGGAUUACAAGUGUAACAAACGUGAGCAAGUUUUCAAGAAGGUUCAUGUCACUGAGCAUCAGAGAGUUCACACUGGAGAAAAAGCUUAUAAACGUAGUGAAUGUGGGAAAUCCUUGAACUGUAAAUACUCACUUGUUCGGCAUCAUAGAACCCAUAAUGGAGAAAAGCCUUAUGUAUGCAAUGUAUGUGGGAAAUCAUUCCUCCAUAAGCAAACGCUUGUUGGGCACCAGCAGAGAAUUCACACUGGAGAAAAGUCUUAUGUGUGCAUCGAAUGUGGGAAAUCCUUAAGUUCCAAAUACUCGCUUAUUGAACACCAGAGAACCCAUAAUGGAGAAAAGCCUUACACGUGUAGUGUAUGUGGGAAAUCGUUCCGCCACAAACAAACAUUUGUUGGGCAUCAGCAGAGAAUCCACAGUGGAGAAAGGCCUUACGUGUGCAUAGAAUGUGGGAAAUCCUUUAUUCGAUCAUCUGACCACAUGCGACACCAGAGAAUUCACACUGGAGAAAGGACUUACGUGUGCAGUGAAUGUGGGAAAUCCUUUAUUUACAAACAGUCACUUCUUGAUCACCAGAGAAUCCACACUGGAGAAAGGCCUUAUGAAUGCAAUGAAUGUGAGAAAGCUUUCAUCCAUAAAAGAAGACUUCUUGAGCACCAGAGGAUCCACACUGGGGAAAAGCUUUAUGUGUGCGUCAAAUGUGGAAAAUCAUUUAUUCGAUCCUCUGACUACAUGCGACACCAGAGAAUUCACACUGGAGAAAGGGCUUAUAAGUGCAGUGAAUGUGGGAAAGCCUUCAUCUCCAAACAAACACUUCUUAAGCACCACAAAAUCCACACUAGGGAAAGGCCUUAUGAAUGUAGUGAAUGCAGGAAAGGCUUCUACCUUGAGGAUAAGCUUUUUCAACACCAAAGAAUCCACAUUAAAGAACAACUUUAUGAGUGCAGUGAAUGUGGAAAAGCCUUCAGCCACAAAAAAAGACUGCUUGAGCACCAGAAAGUUCACACUGGAGAAAAGCCCUGUGAGUGUAGUGAAUGUGGAAAGUGCUUUAAACACUAUACCAGCCUCAUUCAACACCAGAAAGUUCACACUGGAGAGAGGCCUUAUAAAUGCACUGCAUGUGAGAAGUCCUUCAUCUACAAAAACAAACUUGUAGAGCAUCAGAGAAUCCACACUGGAGAAAAGCCAUAUGAGUGCAGCAAAUGUGGGAAAGCCUUCAACAAAAGGUAUUCCCUCAUUAGGCACCAGAAAGUUCACACAAGAGAAAGGCCCUAGCCAUUGAUGGGAUGUGUGAUUACCUUGUUUACCAAAACACCAGAGAGCAGAUUUUUCAAGGCAUCCGUCAGACAAAAAGUGAACCUCAUACAUCUGAAGAUCAACAGUUGGAUGAUUCACUGUGAGGUCCAAGUACUUAGGAAGCUUUCUGGACUUAACUUGUGCUUUCUUAUGUGCCCGGCAUUGCAGCAUACACUACAGUGUGGCAUAUCCCCACAGUGCCCAUCAGUCACUCAAGAUGUGCUGAAUGCAUGCAGACCUUUGUGCUCACCAAAUUCUGAAGGGAAUUGUGAAUAAUAUGAGCCUAUUGGGAGUCCUCUUCUAACCUGCUGGAUUAUUUAAGGCAUAGACAGGACCUAUCUUUGGCCAAGAAGAGUUAUUUGGGUUCUGGUAGUCUAUGGAGGUUUACCUUCUUUGUGGAUAUCAUUUUUUAAUGUGAAUGCCAUGGUGGGGCUUUCUGUACUCCACCAAAGAGGAAAAUGGCAUAUCUUACCAUUUGCUGAUGUUUCUGGUAAACACCUUAUUGUUUAGACUACCUUUAAUCUUGGAGGUUGUGUGCACUGUGUGGCUUAGGUUUAGAACAGAAUUGUGUUCUACCAGUAAUGAAGGGUGAACAGCUUUUGUGAGAACUGCAACUUUAUGUGCCCCCAGGGGCACAGGAUGAUGUCAGAUGAAAGAAUUCAGAAUGAGGGGAAGUUGGUCACAAAUAAAGAGCCUUGGCUGUUUUCCACAAUGUUAGUGUCAAUGAAGGUUUCUACGCUGCAGGAGGGCCCUGCCACUGCAGGAUUCCACUGGCUUCUGAUCCCAGGGUGCUGUGGCUGUCACCAUUCUGAGGUCCCAGCCACAAAGUGCUGCAUGAACUCAUGAAUCUGCUCCAUUGCUGCUGCCUCCCCGUUGACCCGGCUGGGCCAGGGAGGGAACAAGGAAGCUGAGAGUUCUCACAUGCCCCAUGGGCAGGUGCCAUGCAUUCCCACCAUCACCAGGGGACACAGGCAGAGCAAGCACCCACAGAGUCAGCUCUCACUGCUGCCACCUUGGUGGCCCAGUCCAGCCACAGCGGCUAUGGAACCUGGAUGGAACAAACAACUAUGGUCCCCAGCAACCACUGCCACUUCUCCUGAGUAGUACCACCCCUGAUGGAUCUGAACAGGGCAAGUGCCCACACUGCCACCACUGCCAUCAGGCCUGGGUGGAGCAAAGGCCCACACAGCUAUGUGGCACCCAGUUGCUGCAUGCUGCUGCCACCAUCAGACCUGGGUGGUGCAAACACCCACAGCCCUGGCACCUGCUGCUGCCACCUAAGUAGCCUUGCCCAGCCCUGCUUCCACCAAGGGGCCUGGGCAGAGCAAACCCCCAUGGCCACCCACCUCCACAGAGAGGUACCAGCCCUGUCUCCACCCAAACCUUCAGCAGUGGCCUAGGGACCAGCAUACCCCUCCAUAUGAAUAUCUCCCAGCACCUGCUUAGACUGACAACUACAGUGGAAAGGAGAGAGAGAGGAGUGCGGCCAUGUUACAGGCUCAGAGUGCAUCUGUUCCUUUCUUGCCUGGUCAAUCUUCUGGAGCAGUACUCAAGCAUGCCAUCCAGGGAACCAUCCGUAUCUUCACUAAGCAACGGAAGUCCCAGCAGAGAAGAACUGCAGAGCUAUUUGUUUUAAGCUGAGAAGAGAGAUUCCAGGUAAGAAGGAACAAACAUAAGAACUUGGCAACAUGAAAUAUCAGGCAGUUUUGACAACCCCAAAGGAUUGCCAUAGCUCUCAACAAUGGACUCCAACAAAAAGGAAAUUGUUGAAAUGUCAGGGAAUUCAGAAUAUGGAUGGCAAGUAAGAUCAAUGGGAUUGAUGGGAAAGUUGAAAACCAAAACAAAGAAACCAAAAACAUAAUUCAAGACAUGACAGAAAAUUCACUAGAUACAUAAUAUAAGAAAAUGUAACAGAACUUUUGGAAAUGAAAGAAUCAUUUAGGGACUUUUAAAAUACACUGGAAAGUUUCCACAACAGACUAGACCAAGGAGAAGAAAGAAUUUCAGAGCAUGAAGAUAAGGCUUUCUAAUUAACCCAGUCAAAAAUGAAGAAAAAAGAAUCAAGAUGAAUGAACAAUUUCUCCAAGAAAUAUGGGAUUAUAUGA